AGAUUGCGUCCAGGCUCAAGGACUUUGGGAAUCAGCGCUUCCGUUUUUGUCCGUGGAAUGAGACCCGGACGCAGAUCUCGUGCUGGCAGGAACCAUUCACCCGCUAGUGAGGGUGAUGAUGAGCAUGUUCCUCGUGGGUUGUUACGGACCGUGGAGCGGUUGUUUGAGCGUUUUGCAGCGGCUCUCCCCAAUCCUAGGACUGACUAUACUGUGGAGCGUGCCAGACGCCAUGGGGCGUAUACUUUCUCUAGUGCUCCUACGGAGUCCGUAGCAGGAGACUGGAUUACCCGCAUGGAGAGAGUAUUUGAGUCCUUGGGUUGUCCAGCUACUAGGAGGGUUCCUUUGGCUAUUGACCUCCUAGACGGGGAUGCAUGGCUUUGGUGGCAGGGUACCAGGAAUAUGGGUUUUGACCCAACUACCAUGACUUGGGAAGAGUUCAAAACGGAGUUCUCAAAUCGGUACUAUAAUCAGGCAUCCCAGCAUCGUCUCCGAUUUGAGUUCAUGCAGUUGAAGCAGACUGAAGAGAUGACCGUGUUACAGUAUGAGGAGCGUUUCAUUGCUUUAUCUCGGUUUGCCCCUGAGUUGGUGGCGACAGAAAAGUUGAAGGUUGAUCAGUUUAUCAAUGGUCUCCUACCUGUAUAUCGAGAUUGGUUGGCGCCUCACGAUUAUCCGACUUUUAAGUUAGCUGUGGAGGCUGCUAUGAGGUGUGAGGCUAGAUAUCUGGACGGUUCCCGACCUUUGGAGAUUGGCGGUCCCAGUCAGGGGCCAUCUAAGAGAAUUGCCUCUAGUUCGGGUUCUGCAUCGUCAUCAGGCAGUAGACCGAGCAGUUCAGAUUCUAGCUCUCGUCAGCGUUUCAGGGGACGCUUCAGGAGGCCUGGGCAGACAGGUAGGAGACAGUCCAGGGGUGGCACUGCUAGUUCGAGUGGAGGCUUUGGUAGACAGGCGAUUCCGAGAGACUAUCCCCAGUGUACUACUUGUGGUAGACACCAUGCAGGUCCGUGUCUGGCAGGUGUGGGGACUUGUUACCAGUGUGGCCAGUGGGGUCACUACAGGAGAGAAUGCCCUCAGUUGACCCAGGGAGUCUUCACUACUACUAGUCAGAGUAUGGGUCAGACCUCUGUGGGUGCUACUAGUUCGGGUUCUCAUGGCAGUUUGUCAGGCAGGAACAGCACUCAGCCGGGUCGUGGACAGAGAGGGCGUCCAGUGACCCAGGUCCGUCUUCAUGCUAUGACCCAGCAGGAGGGUCGAACUGCACCGAACGUCAUUAUGGAAGCUUAUGGGCCUUGGCAUUGCUUUGGUCUUCUCUUGAGUCGACAUCUCAAUUUCAGCCAUCUUCAUUCUUCAAGUAAAAGGUCAGAGACACGUACUGCAACAAAGGUCCAACAAUUACAAGAAACGAAAGCCCACAGAGGUAAAAGACUUCCGAAGGCAUGACAGGUACAAAGGGGCUACCAGACGUCUUCUUUU